UUUAUUCUGUAAACCGUUAUAUAAUUGUGCUUAUUUAAAGCCCUUUGUAUUUGGCUGCAAAACAUUUUAGCUUCUCUCUCAUUUUUCCACAGUUCAGGGCCUUCACUUUCUUGCUAACCAAACGCUCUCUAUUCCUUUCCAUUUCCGCCACUUUCCUCCUGCUUUCCUCUUGAUUCUCUCCACAAAAGGAAAAGAAAAGAUAUUAAAAAAAACCAUAUUCUUUUAUUCCUCCUGCUUUAUUCCAUCAUUCCUUCCAGGAUAUCUAUAAUUGUAGCCGGAAAAUUCAAUCUUUGAUCCAAGGAAAUGGGGUUUUCAAGGAAGCCAAAGGUGGACGACGGCUUAGAAUCCGAAGGCCAAAAAUGGGUCUUGGCCAUGAUUUCCAUACGAGCUCCAUUGAAGCCCAUAUACACAAAAUCAAGUGACCCUCCAUUGAAAAAAGAUAACGAUGAAGAUGAAGAAUCAUCGACUCCGACCGGAGAAGAAGCCAGGAUUCGGACUCUAUUCAACUCUCCACCGCCUGCUCCGAGGAAGCCAAAAGCUUCGUUCAAGUGUAAUAAUAAUAACUAUGGAAGAACAGGAGUGAGAGAGUUCUUCACUCCCCCAGAUUUGGAGACUGUGUUUAUAAGGGAAAGGGCUAGUUAAUUUACUUUCUCUUACCCUUCCUCUUUAAUUUAUCUGUUUUAGGCUACUUUGUAGUGACGAUCAUUUGAAGUUCGUGUACAUAAAUAACAUGGAAAUCUUUAGCUUCUUUUAUUUUGCUGUCAAGUUUCUAUAUAUAGUAUAGUUCUUUUUUCUGGAAUCUGUAUUGAAUCUAUCAGCAAUCAGAGCUGCAACUUUAAUGGAGAAAAUUCUAAAUC